AGAGUUUGUCAGUGCCUCAGUCAGUAUGCUUCAGUCUUGCUCCGGCACUCGCACCGUUAACACUCCUCAUAUUUCAUCAAUUUUCAAAGUGACAAUAUUUUCUAUUUCAUCAUAAAUCAUACGAUAAAAUAUCAACAAAAAAAUACGAUAAAUUUUUUUAUUUAUUAAUUAAAUAAUAAACAAUAUUUUACAAUUAGAAAAAAAAUUUUUUUUUACUCCAAAAUUUGUUUAAACUAUUUUGAUUAAAAAUAUUUUCAAGUGAUUAAUUUGUGAUUUAAUUGGAGUACGUUGUAAUAAACAAAAGUGUUUUUUUUUUAAGUGUGUAGAAAAAUUUAUUUUUUAAUGAAUUUAAAUAUAAUUUUUUGGUUGUUUUUUUUUGAGUUAAAAUUAUCAGAGUGAUUUGAGGAAUAAUUCAGUAAUUGACGGAUGAAAAUUUGAAUAUAAAAAAUUGAUGACAUGGAGAGGUAAAAAAAUAGCCUAAAACAACAGAGGUGAUUUGAAUUUUAUUAAAAGAUUUAAAUAAUAAGGAAGAGGAUUUUGAAAUAUCAAAUAAAAUGGCUAAAGGCUCGGAAAGAUUACCUGGUACAUCAAAUAGAAUUAGAACUAGAGAUGAUGGUUGCUGUUCUGUUAAUUUUUUAAAAUACGUACUUCAUAUAUACAAUGUUGUAUUAUUUCUUUCGGGACUGAUAGUAGGUGGAAUAGGAGUAUGGACAGUUAUUGCUAAGCACAAUUACAUAUCACUCAUGGCAACAUCAAUUUAUCCAAUUCUAGCAUACGCCCUCAUUGUUGCUGGUGGAUUGGCUAUUAUUGCAAGUUGGCUUGGUUGCGGGGGAGUUUCCUCUGAGAAUCGUUGUAUUCUUCUUCUGUAUAUUUUUGUUGUCAUGACAAUUUUGGCACUUGAAGCUGGUGUUGGUGUAUUGGCAAGAAUUCACGAAGAACAAGUUGGUCCAGAAUUAAAGGAAUCAUUAAAUCGUACAUUCCUUGAUAAUUAUUCCGUAAAAUCAAGAGAAACAAAAGCCAUUGAUCAAAUGCAAAUUGAAUUCAAAUGUUGUGGUGCACGAAGAUUUGAAGAUUGGCUUGCAAGUGAAUGGUACAAAGAUGAAAAAGUUCAACAUGAUGGUAGUGUUGUGCCUGAUAGUUGUUGCAAAACACCAACUCUUUUAUGUGGGAGAAGAGAUCAUCCAUCAAAUAUACAAUACACUGGUUGCAUAUAUAAAUUUUUGGAAACAACUAAAGAACAUUUAAUAAUACUUGGAGCUGUUGGACUUGGUCUAUCUGUUCUUGAAGUUUUCGGUAUAAUACUUGGAUCAUGUCUCUAUAUUAAAUUAAGACAUGAUUUUGAUGACUGAGUGUUACUUUAUCACAACGAAUAUAAUAAUAAUAUUAAUAUUAUUAAUAUAAACAAUAAUAAUAAUGGUCAAAUGUUGUGCAGAUAUGCACAGUAUGAAAUAACUUGACAAACAGAUAUAAAUCACAAUCAAAUUGACCAAUAAUAUUAACUAAAUAAUUUAAAAAAUAUAAAUAAUUAUUUUAAAAAAAAAUAGAAAACAAUAUUAAUUAAAGUCUAUUAUUAUUUUACAAUAUCUAUUUUAUUUUUUAUUGUCAAAUAAAAAUUUAUUAGUAUUUUUAAAAUAUAAAUAACGCUGGCGUUUUUUUUUUUUUUCUUCAAAAUUGGCAGUGUCAUUAUAACUGCCAUUAUCAUAAAAAAUUAAAAUAUUUAUAUUAAAAUUGUGUAUAUUAAAAUUAAUCAAAUUUUGAAGUUUUAAUAUUAAUAAUAAAAUUUUCAGUAAAUAAAAAAUUAAUUUUUUAUAUAAAAUAAAAUUUUUAAAAAAAGUAAAAUUAUUCAGUAUAAAAAAUCAUAAUAAGAAAAAGAAAAAUAAUAAUAAUCAGCUAUUUUUAAAUUGAAUUUUGAAAUAUUUAAAUAAUUAUUAAAAUGUAGGUAAAUUGGUUUUUUUUUUUAUAAUUAAUAGUUACCUGUUUUGUUUGAUUUUAAUUUGACAAAUUAAUUUGAUAAAUAUUAUAUGACUGAUUGAUUGAUAAUUAUUAUAAUGUAAAUUAUAUAAAUAGUAUUUAUAAAUGUAGUAUUAAUUUACAUUUUACUUGUCUGUAUAUAAAAAAAUAAUUAUAAUAAUGAAUGAUAAAAACAGUGCCUUUGAUAAAAAUUAUGUAAUAAAAAAGAAAAUAAAUAAACAAAUAAAUAAAAAUAAUUUAAAUUUGUUGUAAUAAUAAUUUCUAUUGGCUGAAUAAUAAUAAAAUUAAUUUAAAAUUUUGUUAUUAAUGUAAAUUAUUGAUAAAAAUUUAAUGUUUUUAAUUAAUAAAUUUUUAUUUAUAUUUAAAAUUUUUUUAACAAUAUUUAUUAUUAUUUGCUGAGUUGACAAUUAAUAUUUUUAAAAGGAUUUUUAUUUGAAAAAAUUAAAUAGAUAAUAAUUAAUUAAAAUGCAUUAUAAUUAUACUGGUACAUCAGGAUUACAAUAUUUUUCAGGACAUUCUUCUAAAGAACAACAAACUUUUCGAUCUUCACUGCGUGCAGGAAAAAUAUUACACUAAAGAGAAAAAUUAAUAAAUAAU